GGGCUAAGCCAUCCUGGGGAUGCUGUGCUGCCCGUCCGCCAACGCACCCGGCUCUCGCUGGCUCCUCUGUCCAUCCAUCCAUCCAUCCAUCCAUCCAUCCAUCCAUCCAUCCAUCCAUCCAUCUAUCCAUCCAUCCUCUCCUCCUAUAGGCUAGGGAAGCAUGCCCGAUGCAAUACCAUGGCAGAUAGGGUCCUUGCCUAUAGCUGCCUGUUUUACAAAAGCUCCGAUCUGUGCUUGUGCAUGUGUAUGUGUGUGUGCGUUUUAUCCCUCCCUCCUAUCCCUCCCUCCCUCCCUCUCUCUCUCUCUCUCUCUCUCUCUCUCCCUCUCACUCUAAUGUGUGAUCUGGAAAGCUUAUAAAAGCCUGAUGUAAUCCUUAAUGCAGCCCCUGGCUACAAAGACUGGAUCUAGUUUCACAGAGAGAGAUUCAGAAGCAGAAUUCAAAAAAAAAGAAAAAAAAAAAAAGUGGGGGGAGAAGACGGAGAAAGAAAGAAAAGCAGACGAGUGGAUUUUAAACAAACAUAUCUUUCUGAAGAAGACCAUUCUCGCUCUUCGCUGCUGGGAAAGCUACUCUGAACCCUGCUGUAGAUUUUUUUAAAGGAGAAGACUAGAUCGUCUGCUUGGAUCUAAUGAUUUACUGGCUUUUAACGGCGUUUUUCCCCUCUCCUAAGGAUUCCUCAAAAAACAGUUUAAUUAUUUUCAGCAUUUCUCUUCCACCACCUGCCUGUCUGCAGAGACACCAAAGGUUCUCCCUUCCUCUCCCUCCCCACCCCCAUUUCUUUUAGGAUUUUUUUUUUCCCCUUUUCCAUUUAAUAUAUACAUAUAUAUAUAUAUAUAUAUAAGUGUGUAUGUAUAUAUAUAUGUAGAGGCAAGAGUGGAGGGAGCGGAGGGAGAGAGAGCUCUACCAUCCUUUUGGACUUCACGCGCUGCCCAAUGUUGGGCUGGUUACCCCUGGAUAUGUUGCUGGUUUCCAUUUGGAAUUUGACAAAAGGAAGAAGGAGGAUAUAAAACCUGGGGAGCUCGGAAAGGCUUUUCUAUUAGAGACAGAGCCACCUUCAUCCCUUCUCUCCUCGUGUUCCUUCCAGCUAUCACCAGUUCGUCCUUGUAUCUUAGAGACACUAUUCCUUGUCUUGGGCAGCAAAAAAAGUGUUGUUUAUGGCCACAGGAGGGAGCUCAAAUCCAGACAUGGGAAGAUUGGCUUGAUUUCGGAUCCAGAGCCUCUUAAACUCUCACUUUUCCUCUAAGCUGGUCCCUGUUAUGUCCAGGAUCUGGCGCCUGCUUGACAUUUACUUUGAGUUCCAGAGGACCAGAGACCUAGGAUGAGGAGCAUUGGAUCUGCCCUGAACCUGCUUUUGGUAUCGCCACUCUAUUUUGUGUGGACCGUGGUCGCUCUGGACCUGGCACAAACUCCCUGCACCACUUUGGUCCAGGGGAAAUUCUUUGGGUAUUUCUCCUCCUUUGCUGUCUUCCCAUUGAACUCUUCUCUCUGCUCUUGGAUUAUUCAGAACCCUGACCCUCGGAGAUACACCUUGUACAUGAAGAUCCUAAAACCUACUGGCAUAUGUGACCACCAGCACAUCCGUACCUACCAGUUUGAUUCCUUCCUGGAGUCCACGCGCACCUACCUGGGCAUGGAGAGCUUUGAUGAUGUGUUGAAGCUCUGUGAUGGGUCCACCCGCUAUGCCUUCCUUCAGUCCAACAAACAGUUCCUCCAGAUGAAGCAGACCGCACCACCAGGAGUGGAGAGCUGGCCCGUGCGGUGGAAGCCCACAAAGGCUCAGGAGAGGGACUUCUCUGUGGAGUACCUAGUGGUGGGCAACAGGAACCCUAGCAAAGCUGCCUGCCAGAUGCUCUGCAAGUGGCUGGAUGCGUGCUUGGCCAUCAGCAGCAGCUCCCACCCGUGCGGCAUUAUGCAGACCCCGUGCUCUUGCUCAGGAGGGGAGGUCCUAGAUCAGACCAGCGAGAUCCUGGGGCUCACGAGGAAGAAGGAAGAUUGCUAUAAGGAUGGGAUUUAUUUGGAGAACUGCAUGAGCAGCCCCAAGGACAGCAGUGGAGCAGAGUUCUUGGGUGGUUGGAACCCAUGGUCGGCUUGGGGUGACUGCACCAAGGACUGCGGGGGAGGCCUGCAGACCCGGAUGCGAACCUGCAAGCCCCUUCCCAAUGAAGGUCUUGUCUGCGAGGGAGUCCUGGAGGAAGGACGGCUGUGCAAUAGGAAGGCGUGCAAUACCAAUGGACGCUAUAAUUCCAGAAGCCAAUCGCUGAGGUCCACAGAUAACAGAAAGCGAGAGGACACUGAUGAACUGCAGCACUACGGGUACCCUGCACCUCAAAUAGGUGACCCUGCAGCAGAGGAGUGGUCCCCAUGGAGCGUGUGUUCAACCACCUGUGGGGAGGGCUGGCAGACCAGGACGAGGUUCUGUGUGUCGUCUUCCUACAGCACCCAGUGCAGUGGUCCUCUCCGGGAGCAGAGACAGUGCAACAACUCUGCCGUGUGCCCAGUGCAUGGCACCUGGGAUGAGUGGUCUCCAUGGAGCCUGUGCUCUUCCACGUGUGGAAGAGGGUACAGGGACCGGACCCGGACAUGCAAACCCCCACAAUUUGGUGGGAACCCCUGUGAGGGCCCAGAGAAGCAAACCAAGUUCUGCAACAUUGCACUUUGCCCAGGCCACUCAGUGGACGGCAACUGGAAUGAAUGGUCGAGCUGGAGCUCCUGCUCGGCCUCCUGCUCCAACGGUACCCAGCAACGGACAAGGGAGUGCAAUGGACCUUCCUAUGGGGGAGCUGAAUGCCAGGGACACUGGGUGGAAACCAGGGACUGCUUCCUACGUCAAUGCCCAGUGGAUGGGAAGUGGCAGGCUUGGGGAGUGUGGGGCAGCUGCACCACCACGUGUGGAGGUGGGACUCAGAGACGUGACCGCAUGUGCUACGGACCCUUCUUCGGUGGAGAGACUUGCCAGGGCCCUAAGGAAGAAUAUAAGCAGUGCAACGACAGAAAGUGUCCUGAGCCUCAUGAAAUUUGUGAUGAGGAAAGUCUUGGUUCUGUAGUUUGGAAAGAGACACCUGCUGGGGAUGCUGCAGCUGUCCGCUGUCCUCGCAAUGCCACCGGGCUGAUCCUUCGAAGAUGCAUUUUAGAUGAAGAAGGAAUAGCUUAUUGGGAGCCUCCAACAUACAUCAAGUGUGUUUCUAUUGAUUACAGGAACAUACAGAUGAUGACCAGGGAACAUCUUUCCAAAGCUCAGCGUGGGUUGAUGGGAGAUGGGCUAUCAGAAGUACUCCAAAACCUUGUGGAAAUCUCUCAGGAUGGGACCAGCUACAGUGGGGACUUGCUGUCCACCAUCGAUGUACUCAGGAACAUGACAGAGAUCUUCCGUAGGGCUUAUCAUAGCCCAACUUCUGGGGACGUGCAGAACUUUGUCCAGAUCAUCAGCAAUCUUUUAUCAGAGGAAAACCGAGACAAAUGGGAGGAAGCUCAGCUGAUAGGGCCAAACGCCAGGGAGUUGUUCAGGCUUGUGGAGGAUUUCAUUGAUGUCAUUGGCUUUCGCAUGAAAGAUUUCCGGGAUUCCUACCAAGUGACGGACAAUCUGGUCCUCGGCAUUCACAAACUGCCCGCUAAUGCAGCAACUGACAUCACCUUCCCCAUGAAAGGCUGGAGGGGCAUGGUGGACUGGGCCAAGAAUUCGGAGGACAAGGUCACUGUCUCCAAAAGCAUCCUGUCUUCAGGGCUGACAGAGACAGACGACUCCUCCGUCUUCGUGGUGGGGACCGUGCUGUACCGGAACGUGGGCAACAUCCUCUCCCUCCAGAGGAACAGCACUGUUCUGAACUCCAAAGUCAUCUCCGUGACUGUGAAGCCAUUUCCUCGGUCUCUCCUCACACCCCUGGAAAUUGAAUUCUCUCACCUGUACAAUGGAACCACCAACCAGACCUGCAUCCUGUGGGACAAAACUGUUGGCAGAGCCUCCGCCUCCGCCUCCCCGCCCGGCGCCUGGUCCUGGCGCGGCUGCCGAACGGUCCCGCUCGACGCCUCCCGGACUAAGUGCCUGUGUGACCGGCUCUCCGCCUUCGCCAUCUUAGCCCAGCUCAGCCCCGACAUGAACAUGGAAAAGGUGCUGGUCCCCUCUGUCACAUUAAUUGUAGGCUGUGGAGUAUCUUCGCUGACACUUUUGCUGUUGAUUAUCAUUUAUGUCUCUGUUUGGAGAACUCAGGUUUUUCCGUGCCUGGGGUAUCAUUGGAUGUGCUCAAGUCCCUGUCCUCUCCUGCUUUUCCUCAGGCUGGGCAGCACUGGGCAGCGCUGGUAUAUUCGCUCAGAGCGCUCUGUCAUUCUUAUCAACUUCUGCCUAUCCAUCAUCUCCUCCAACGCUCUCAUCCUAAUCGGACAAACCCAGACCCGGAAUAAGGUGAUUUGCACGCUGGUGGCAGCUUUCUUGCACUUCUUCUUCCUCUCCUCUUUCUGCUGGGUGCUGACCGAGGCUUGGCAGUCCUACAUGGCCGUGACGGGCCGGUUACGGAAUCGCAUCAUCCGCAAGCGCUUCUUGUGUCUCGGAUGGGGGCUCCCUGCCUUGGUGGUUGCCAUUUCUGUGGGAUUUACUAAAGCCAAGGGGUACGGCACCGUGAACUACUGCUGGCUGUCAUUAGAGGGAGGUCUUCUCUAUGCCUUCGUGGGACCGGCGGCUGCUGUCGUAUUGGUGAACAUGGUUAUUGGCAUUCUGGUUUUUAACAAACUUGUAUCCAAAGAUGGAAUAACAGAUAAGAAACUGAAGGAACGGGCAGGUCAGAUGGCAGUGCCCCUUUACGGCAUGACGCUCAAAUGUUCCAAGUGUGGAGUAGUUUCUUCUGCUGAAGUUUCGGCCACAGCCACCAGUAACGCCAUGGCAUCUCUUUGGAGUUCCUGUGUGGUCCUACCUCUCCUGGCUCUCACCUGGAUGUCUGCAGUACUGGCAAUCACAGAUCGGCGGUCAGCACUCUUCCAGAUCCUUUUUGCCGUCUUUGACUCAUUGGAGGGUUUUGUCAUUGUUAUGGUGCAUUGCAUCCUAAGGCGGGAGGUUCAGGAUGCUGUGAAGUGCCGAGUAGUAGAUCGUCAAGAAGAAGGCAAUGGAGACUCAGGGGGGUCAUUUCAGAAUGGACACGCUCAGCUAAUGACCGAUUUUGAGAAGGACGUGGAUAUGGCUUGUAGAUCAGGUGAGCACAUCACAGUGCUGAAUAAAGACAUCACCACCUGCAGGACCUCAACGAUCACAGGAACAUUGAAGCGUCCAUCACUGCCAGAUGAAGAGAAAUUGAAACUCAAUCACCAGAAGGGGUCAUCAAACUUUAAUAGUCUUCCAGCCAAUGUCUCCAAGAUGCAUCUUCAGGGCUCACCACACUACCUGGGGGCCAUCAACCUGAAUGAGUUCAGUAAUCACAGUCUCACUCUGAAGAAGGACAAGAACCAACCACCUAAAUCCAUCUACAUAUGUGAUGGGGACAUCUUCAAGAAGUUGGACUCAGAACUCUCCCGAGCUCAAGAGCAAACACUGGACACCAGCUAUGUCAUUCUGCCUACCAACACAUCUACCUUACGGGCCAAACCACCCAAAGAUGAGAGCAAAUACAGCAUCAAUAUUGACCAGAUGCCACAAACACGACUCAUCCACCUCAGUAUGGCUACUGACCCAGGCUUUGUUGUCAAGAGUCCUCCACGGGAGCCUGUAACCAUGACAUGCACUGAGGUGCAAGGUUCCCCCAUGAUACAACAACAGCAGCAGCUGGCACCACAAAAUAUCCCCAGUGAGUCACAGAUUCCCAACAGCCUGUGUGACACAGGUGACUCAGGGAACUCAGGUGUGGUGUCCAAGAGUGAGACCGUCUCCACCCUCUCCAUGAGCUCCUUGGAGAGGCGGAAAUCCCGGUAUGCAGAGCUAGAUUUUGAGAAAAUCAUGCACACAAGAAAACGUCACCAAGACAUGUUCCAAGACCUGAACAGAAAACUCCAGCACGCAGAGAAGGAGAAGGAAUCUCCAACAACGGACAGCAAGCAAGAAAAACAGCAGACACCAAACAAGAGACCCUGGGAAGGAAUCAGGAAAGUCCAGUCCCCACCAUCAUGGGUUAAAAAGGACAUCGAACCUGUGGCACAGUCUCCCCUAGAACUAAAAACUGUGGAGUGGGAGAAAACAGGAGCCACCAUUCCCCUGGUGGGACAAGACAUUAUUGACCUUCAGACAGAGGUCUGAGCAGAAAGGGAAGAAAGGGACUUUUUUUUUUUUUUUCCGGAAAACAAAUGAAACAAACAAAACAAAACCACGUUUUAAAGAAAUGAUUAAAUUAAAUCGGAACAGAGCAAGAGAAGUGUUUGGUUUCUUUUGAAACCUUUGGUAAGACAGAGUAACUUUUGUAUUGUUCUCAGCAGAGAGGGGGAAUAUUACUUCAUAGAGUAUAGUAGCUAUAGGUUCAGGACAACAUGUGCUUUCCCAGGUAGGACUGGAGAAGAAGUGAACCUGGAAGAGAGCAAGGAGGAGGCAGAGUGUGGGGAGGGGUUGCAGGGGACAAGCCCUACCAGGAUGCUUUUGGGUUGCUGCCACACGCCGGAACCCUUUCUGCUCUGCCAUGGGAGGUGUGAAAGGACGCCCAGCAGCCACCAUGAAGGGCCAAGAUUGAGGUUUGUUUGUGGACCACAAGAAGCGACACCAGUGGGAGCCUUGUUGGGGUGCAGCCUGGCCGUAGAUCACUGGGGGAGACCCAACCUUGAGGGGAGAUCCAUCCCUUGCCGAUCCUUUUCCCCCCACCUCUCUCACAUGGGCUCGUCUAAGAAGAAAGGAGACGGGAUGCUUGGGAUGUUUAAAGCGGUGGCUGAGAAGACAUUCCCACUCCUAUGUGCCACACCGUGACCGGGCAUCGUGGCAUCCCCGCAGAAAGUCACCACUGGAGCAGGAAGUGGUGGCAUCAUCCAUGGCUUAGGUGGAGAGGUAAGGUGGGGCUUCCUCCUCUCAUCCCUCUACAGCAGAGCUUCUGUGCACCCCAAGGAGUGGGACAGGUGCAGGAGGAAAGGACCACCUCCAAAAAACUGCUCAUCUCCAGGGAGAGGGUUGGAAGUGUUAGAAAAACAGACCAAUAAGAAUAUAAGUUGUUUCAUUGACUGUUAAAUAGAUAAACUCAACACAGGCCUUGCAAAAUUUGUCUUGGCCUCGUCCUUUUUUUUCUGUUAUUUUUCCUUGCUUUCGGACUCAGAUUUAUUCAAAACUGCCCCUCCCUGGAAGGCAGAGAGAGAAACAGGGAAAGACAGACCUGCCGAUGUACCUGGAGAUAUUUGGUAUACAGAGAUGUUGCCUUAGGACAUUGAGACAAACUGACAACAUGAAUAACGUCCACUUGGAAACAAACAAACAAAAUAAUCUAUUUUUUUCCUUCUUCUUUUCUUUUCUUCAAUAAAAAGAGAACUUGAAACCCAA